CGAUGGCGGCGCCCGCCUGGCUCUGCCUGCUGGGGGCUGCGUGCGCCGCCGCGGCCGCGCCCGCGGGUGGCAAGAAUGUCCUUUUUAUAGUUGUGGAUGACCUGCGUCCUGUUUUGGGCUGUUACGGAGACAAGAUUGUAAAAUCUCCAAACAUUGACCAACUUGCAUCUCAAAGUGUUGUGUUCAGCAAUGCAUAUGCACAGCAAGCUGUUUGUGCUCCAAGUAGAGUAUCAUUUCUUACUGGACGCAGACCUGAUACUACUCGACUGUAUGAUUUCUACUCCUACUGGAGAGUGCAUGCAGGAAACUAUUCCACGAUGCCUCAGUAUUUCAAGGAGAAUGGCUAUGUGACCCUAUCUGUGGGGAAAGUUUUUCAUCCUGGGAUUUCAUCCAAUUACAGUGAUGACUACCCAUGUAGCUGGUCCAUUCCACCUUUUCAUCCUUCUACUGAAAAGUAUGAAAAUGAUCAGACUUGUAGAGGAAAAGAUGGAAAACUUCAUGCUAACUUGGUGUGUCCAGUGAAUGUAACGGAAAUGCCCAGUGGUACUUUGCCUGAUAUUCAAAGCACUGAAGAAGCCAUACGCUUACUGAGGGCUAUGAAAGCCAAAAAUCAAAAAUUCUUCCUGGCUGUUGGUUACCAUAAACCACAUAUCCCAUUAAGGUACCCACAGGAAUUUCUCAAACUGUACCCCUUGGAAAACAUCACAUUAGCCCCAGAUCCUUGGGUGCCUGAGAGGCUACCUUCUGUGGCAUACAACCCCUGGAUGGAUAUCAGACAGAGGGAUGAUGUGAAGGCAUUGAAUGUUAGUUUCCCUUAUGGACCACUCCCAGAGGACUUCCAGCGGCAGAUUCGCCAGAGUUAUUAUGCCGCAGUUUCUUACCUGGAUAUGCAAGUUGGCCUGCUCUUGAAUGCUUUGGAUGAUGUAGGACUCUCAAACAGCACAAUGGUAGUUUUUACUGCUGAUCAUGGAUGGUCUUUGGGAGAACAUGGUGAAUGGGCAAAAUACAGCAAUUUUGAUGUUGCUACCCGUGUGCCACUGAUGUUUUAUGUACCAGGAAUGACCUCUUCUGCUGGCCAAGGAGAGAAAAUCUUCCCCUACCUUGACCCCUUUAGCCAUGUUUCAGACUUGGCACUUCGAGGGCGAAGCAAAAAAAUGGUUGAGCUUGUGUCUCUUUUUUCAACGCUUGCUGAACUUGCUGGCUUGCAAGUUCCUCCUGCAUGCCCAGAGACUUCAUUUUCUGUUGCACUGUGCACUGAGGGGGCAAGCAUUGUCCAGUAUUUUAAUUCCUCUGAUGAGAAGCUGGAGAAAGCAGAGAAGGAUGGGUUUGGUGACACUUACAGAGGUUAUAAUGAAGAACCUAUUGCUUUCAGCCAGUAUCCUCGACCUGCAGACACUCCUCAGUGGAACUCAGACAAACCAAAGCUGAAAGACAUCAGAGUCAUGGGGUAUUCCAUGCGUACAGGUGACUACAGAUAUACUGUGUGGGUUGGAUUUAAUCCUGAAAACUUUAGUGCCAACUUUGAGGAUGUCCAUGCAGGAGAGUUGUACAUGGUGGAGAGCGAUCCACACCAGGAUUAUAACAUCUAUAACAAUACCUUACAUGGUGGCCUUUUCAAAAAAAUUCUUAGCUUCUUGAAGCACUAGGGUUCAGGAACUUGUCUGUGCAAAUUCUUACCAGUAAAGUAACAAUUCUUUUUUUUUGCAUGAAACACUUUGGUUGUACAUAACACUUGGACUGAAUUAAAAUCCUGUUUGUAUCAAAACAUUAGGUAGUGCUUUUGUCUUGUUACAGCCGAAUUACACCUAAGUAGUCAAAAUGCUGUUACUUCUGCAGUUGUGUUUUCACAUGUCAGCAGGCAAUACUUCUGAAAAGGCCACACAGGAUAUGCAGGCCUGUGCUGAAAUAUCUCUGUGGUCUAGUGACUGACAAAGAAAAACUUGCUGUAUUUGCUGGAAUUUGUGGUGUGAAAGGUGGCAAAAGAGAAACUUUUGUAUAGGGAAGUUUGUAUAGAGAAUGUUGUGUGUAAAUAAACAGGCCCUGAGAAUGCUUGGAGUUUGGGUGGUCAAGAAGACAUUUGGUAGUGAUAAGGAACUGAGGUGUCUGCCCUUGUCAACCCUGCCCUGACAAAAACUGAAGGGGAAAUUGAUGUGUUUCAGUUUCAUUCUUUUCAAAAUAAAAGCUUCAGUUUGGA